GCCUAUAUGAUUCUGCGAUGUUGAAAGAAGACAUUGAACUUGAUCCUAGUGAUUUUCCCAAAGUUUAUAUGGAUGAGAGACUAAAGCAAUCUCCUGAACUUUAUCACCGCUUCAUAAAAGACCUCUGGGAACGCAACAUGAUUGACUUUAGCCAUGAACGAGUUUCCACUGUCACCCCCUUUUUUGUGGUGAAGAAGUCUGGCAAGUUGCGACUAGUUCCGGAUUGUCGUGCCACUAAUGAAGUGUUCAGACCACCGCCGGACAUUGCGAUGCCAGCAGGGUACUCUUUUUCGCAGUUGCAGAUGAGCGACGAAGACACCCUCUACAUUGCUCAAACUGACAUUAAAGACUACUUCUAUUCCAUUGGUCUACCGGUUGGUCUACGUCCCUACUUCGCUUUUCCGCAGGUGGAUCUUCAUGCGAUUGCGCCAGAUCAUCCUCUCUGCCGGCAGGCCAGCGGGCCGUUGAUCGUGUUCCCAAGGAUGAAGGUAGUGCCAAUGGAUUGGAAUUGGGCGAUGUACAUUGCACAACGGGCUCAUCAAUACCAAGCCAUGCUCGCCGCUCAGGUUGGUGUGGAGCGUGUUGUGGUUGAUGGAAGGCCAGUGCCUCGUCUCGAUCGUUCGACGCCGACACUGUUGGUUCCAUACGCAGAUAAUCUGAACAUCGUUGGCAUUUGUCAGAAGGAGGUUCAACAGCUCAAGGAUAAGAUAACAGAGCAUUUGAACUCCAUUGGAUUCAUCACCCAUGAAGAACAAGCAGCAGAACCACACGCCGAGGCCCUUGGUUUUCUUUUGGAUGGCGUGGGUGGGCGAGUACUCCCCAGGCCGAUCAAAAGAGACAAAGUACGUAAGGUCUUGCUUUGGCUCAGCUCUCAACCCCGAGUCAAUGGCCGCAUGAUCGAGAAAGUUAUAGGACAUUGCGUUCAUUUCUUCAUGCUACGUCGCGAAUGUCUUAGUGUUUUCCGGGCAGUCUAUGAUUUCAAACAGUGCCUCUAUGGGAGAGCCGCGGCGCUCCUCCUCGUCUGCCACGCUGAUCUGAAGCGAGGGUGGACGGGGCAUGUCACGUGUUCUGAUGCCAGUUUAACUGGUACCGGGGUGUGUGCUGCUGAGUUUGACAUUCAAGAUGUUUGCAACACGGGGUCCCAAAGAGAGUUGCGGCGGUACAAAUCAAAAAAUGCAGCUCACAAUGCACGGGAUCAUUUCUCCAAAGCAGACCCGUUCACAGACCUUGCCACUGUCAAAAAGCAGAAGAGCUCCUCUGAGAUCGACUGCUUCGUGAUCAAUGACGAGUUCAAGGAAGAUCACACAGAGCAGGGGAGAUCGGAGAAGAGAAGAUCCUUAGCACAGAGUCACAACGCUUGCCCUCGCACUUCGCAACAGACGUUCUUAGAGCAGGCUGCGGUCUCACCCCGAACGGCACUGGACUAUCAGUUUCGGUUGGGGGUGUUUCAGAGCUUCUGCAAACUGAGCAAGCUCAGUCUUCGAUCUCCCGAGAAUGUGGACUCCGCUUUUGUGAUUUUUCUGAAUCAGUGUUUCAUGGAUGGAAUGGGUCUCAACGAAGUCACCAAGUUUCUAGCAGCCAUCAUGGAUGCCAGACCAGAGCUGAGUCCAAAACAUGUUCUGGCACGGUCACGCCGUGCUCUGAAAGGCUGGAAGAACUUGGACCCAGGGACCUCAAGGCCUCCAGAGGCCUGGCCGGUUGUGGCUCUCAUUGUGGCAAAACUUCUGGAGCUGAGAAAAAUAGAGCAGGCUCUAUUUGUUUUGACAAUGUUCGUCACGUACUGCCGGCCUUUCGAACUGUUGAUCCUGCAGUCUCACGAGCUGGUCGAAACCACAGUGUUCGGAACCCAGUACUCCCUUGUCCUCAACAAGACCGAAGACUUAGAGAUGUCAAAAGUUGGCAUGCAGGACGAGAGUAUGAUUUUGGACAACAAAGAGAUUCCUUGGCUUGGAAAGGCACUGGCGGUUCUGAAAAGACGUCACAUGGGUCUGCAGCUCUUCAACUUGUCCUACCACGAUCUAAGGGACGCAUGGCUGACCGCAAUGAAGCUUGCGAACCUUCCCGAAGGCUAG